AUUGCACCUUCGACAAGGAGUCAGAGCUCACCCCUCUGGAGUCAGCGAUGGGCAUCCUGGAGCUCAUUCAGGAGGAAUUCUCCGUGGCUGAGAAGACAAUAGAGGCUGUUCAGAAAAUGGUGAAGGAAGCUGCUGUUAUCGUCUGCAUCAAAAAUAGGGAGUUCGAUAAAGCUUCAAAAAUUGUCAAGAGGCACUUGGGGAAGGACACCAGAAACCAGAAAAAGAGGAAUGAGUUUCUGACUAUCAUCCGGGAGAAGAAUUCAACUCAUCCGAUUGUCAAAAACUUCUCCUACGAGAACUUCCAGCAGAGCGCCUUUCAGUUCCUGAAGACCUAUGUGGAUGACUCGGAGCCGCUGCUGCUGACGGUAAUGAAAAAGACACUGAAUUCAGAACGUGUCGAAGAACCAAAACACACAUCGACUCCCAAGCAGCCCUCCGGAGCGGUAACCGCAUACGGGAUUUCGGCUCUGAGAGAAGCUUUCAAGAUCCUGUCGGACUCCCGGGAUUCUGAUGCGCUCUUCACCAAACUGGACGAAACAGACUUUUCUUUCCCCAAGCAACUGUCUCCUUCUGUAUCCCACAGAACCAAGAGACGGAAAGAAGAGGAGAAUCACAGUUCUGAGAUCUCAGACCCUCCCGAAAUAUCCCAUAAGGGCAAACGCUUGUUGACCAUAAGCAAACUGGUCAUGGAGCGAGAGACCCGGUACAGCAAGUCGAGUGAGAGCCCAGACUCGUCCCAGGAGCCAGUUGUAUCUUCUGCUUCCAGACCUGUCCAGAAAUUGCAGGACCAGCCUGCGUCUACCAAGAAUGCCAAGUCCUUCCAGGGCAGGUGGAACAGCUCAUAUGGCAAAGAAGAAAAGGACAGCUGGAGCGACGAGGAUGAGCUCUUCUCGGUGUCAUUUGGGACAAACAGCAACAACACGACAGUCUUCGGUUCCAAGAAACAGAAAUGGACGGUCCAGGAGAGUGAGUGGAUCAAAGAGGGCGUCAAGAAGUUUGGGGAAGGGAGGUGGAAAGCCAUUUGUGAGAAAUACCCCUUCCAGAACCGCACGCCUGUGAUGAUCAAGGAUCGCUGGCGGACCAUGAAAAAGCUGGGACUCCUUUAA